UGGUCACAUGGGUGGCACGGCCGCUGCGUCAGUCACAGCCCUGGCUGCGGGAGCCGAGUCGCCGUCGCCGCCGCCGCCUCCAGCGGACGGGGCGGGGAUCCCGGUGCCAGGUCCUCGUCGGCCCGCCCCUGCCGCCUCAGUCGGCCGUCCCGGGCUGGGCCCGACAGUCAUGGAGCGGGGCGGGACCUCCGCCUGUUCUGUGUGAGGCGCGUCGCCGCCGCCGCCCCCGCCUGCGCCUUUCCAGACCUCCCGAACCCCCGCCGCCGCCCGGAGCCCCACGGCCUUGGCAGCCUGUCGCCGUCCCCCCUCCUCCCCCCGGGCGGGCUCGAAUGCGCGUCCGGUGAAGGUGCAGGCCCGGCGCCGCCGCUGCCGCAGCUGGGAGAUGGUUCGGGCCUAGCGGAGCAGGGAUUGGAGCAACAUGAACCGUGAAGACCGAAAUGUGCUGCGUAUGAAAGAACGGGAAAGGCGGAAUCAGGAAAUUCAGCAGGGUGAAGACGCCUUCCCACCUAGCUCUCCUCUCUUUGCCGAGCCAUACAAAGUUACUAGCAAAGAAGAUAAGCUAUCAAGUCGUAUUCAGAGUAUGCUUGGAAACUACGAUGAAAUGAAGGAUUUCAUAGGAGACAGAUCUAUACCAAAGCUUGUUGCAAUUCCCAAGCCUACAGUACCACCGACAGCAGAUGAAAAAUCUAACCCAAAUUUCUUUGAACAGAGACAUGGGACCUCUCAUCAGAGUAGCAAAUGGACUCCAGUAGGACCUGCACCCAGUACUUCUCAGUCUCAGAAACGGUCCUCAGGCUUGCAGAGUGGACACAGUAGCCAGCGGACCAGUGCAGGUGGCAGUGGUGGCACCAACAGUAGUGGCCAGAGGCAUGACCGUGACUCAUACAGCAGUAGUGGAGGCAGUAGUCGGAAAAAAAGCCAGCAUGGAUCGGAACACUCCAAAUCACGCUCUGCCAGCCCUGGAAAACCCCAGGCUGUUUCUUCAUUAAGCUCCAGUCAUUCCAGGUCUCAUGGGAAUGAUCACCAUAGCAAGGAACAUCAGCGUUCCAAAUCACCUCGGGACCCUGAUGCAAACUGGGAUUCUCCUUCCCGUGUACCUUUUUCAAGUGGGCAGCAUUCAAAUCAGUCUUUCCCACCUUCCUUGAUGUCAAAGUCCAGUUCAAUGUUACAGAAACCCACUGCCUAUGUGCGGCCCAUGGAUGGACAGGAGUCCAUGGAACCAAAGUUGUCCUCUGAGCACUACAGUAGCCAAUCCCAUGGCAACAGCAUGACUGAACUGAAGCCCAGUAGCAAAGCACAUCUCACCAAGCUGAAAAUACCUUCCCAACCGUUGGAUGCAUCUGCUUCUGGUGACGUGAGCUGUGUGGAUGAAAUUCUUAAAGAGAUGACGCAUUCAUGGCCUCCCCCUCUAACGGCUAUUCAUACACCAUGCAAAACAGAACCUUCCAAAUUUCCUUUUCCAACUAAGGAAUCUCAGCAGUCCAGUUUUGGCCCUGGAGAACAAAAAAGAUACAAUCCUUCUUCUAAAACUUCAAAUGGACACCAAUCUAAAUCUAUGUUAAAAGAUGACUUAAAACUAAGCAGCAGUGAAGACAGCGAUGGGGAGCAGGAUUGUGAUAAGACAAUGCCAAGGAGUACACCAGGAAGUAACUCUGAACCUUCACAUCAUAAUAGUGAAGGAGCUGAUAACUCCAGGGAUGAUUCUAGCAGCCACAGUGGAUCUGAAAGCAGCUCUGGAUCUGACUCAGAGAGUGAAAGUAGCUCCAGUGACAGCGAGGCAAAUGAGCCGUCGCAGAGUGCAUCUCCUGAGCCUGAACCACCACCAACAAACAAAUGGCAACUUGAUAAUUGGUUGAAUAAAGUGAACCCACAUAAAGUGUCACCAGCUUCUUCUGUGGACAGUAACAUACCAUCAUCUCAAGGCUAUAAAAAGGAAGGCCGAGAACAGGGCACCGGGAAUAGCUACCCUGAUCCAGGCGGACCUAAAGAAACGAGUUCUGCUACUCCUGGACGAGACUCUAAAACUGUCCAAAAGGGAUCAGAAAGUGGGCGAGGGAGGCAGAAGUCCCCUGCACAGAGUGACAGCACAACACAGAGGAGAACUGUAGGCAAAAAACAACCCAAAAAGGCUGAGAAGGCAGCCGCUGAAGAGCCCCGGGGAGGCCUGAAGAUAGAAAGCGAAACCCCGGUAGACAUGGCUACCAGCAUGCCCUCCAGCAGACAUAAAGCAGCCACCAAAGGCUCAAGGAAACCCAAUAUUAAAAAGGAGUCCAAAUCUUCCCCUCGACCUUCUGCAGAGAAAAAGAAAUACAAGUCAACGAGUAAAUCUUCCCAGAAAUCAAGGGAAAUCAUAGAAACAGAUACCUCAUCCUCAGAUUCGGAUGAAAGCGAGAGCCUUCCUCCUUCCUCACAAACUCCUAAGUACCCUGAGAGUAACAGGACUCCCGUGAAGCCCUCCUCAGUGGAGGAAGAAGAUAGCUUUUUUCGGCAACGAAUGUUCUCUCCUAUGGAAGAGAAGGAACUUCUUUCACCCCUCAGUGAGCCUGAUGACAGGUAUCCACUUAUUGUGAAGAUUGACCUGAAUCUCUUGACCAGAAUACCAGGAAAGCCUUACAAAGAAACAGAGCCGCCCAAGGGGGAAAAGAAAAAUGUGCCAGAAAAGCACACAAGAGAGGCUCAGAAACAAGCCUCAGAAAAAGUUUCCAACAAAGGCAAAAGGAAACAUAAGAACGAAGAUGAUACCCGAGCCAAUGACAGCAAGAAACCCAAAACAGAGGACAAGAAUUCAGCAGGUCACAAGCCAUCCAGCAACAGAGAGUCAUCUAAGCAAAGUGCUGCAAAAGAAAAGGAUUUGUUGCCUUCUCCCGCGGGGCCCGUUCCUUCAAAAGAUCCAAAAACAGAGCAUGGCUCUCGGAAGAGGACUAUUAGUCAGUCGUCUUCUUUAAAGUCAAGUAAUAAUAGCAACAAGGAGAAUGGUGGCAGCAGCAAAAACAGUUCCUCCACAUCAAAGCAGAAGAAGACUGAAGGGAAGACUUCCAGUAGCUCUAAGGAGGUCAAGGAAAAGGCUCCAAAUAGCUCCUCUAGCUGUCCUCCAUCUAUACCAACUCCUGAUGCUUCUAAGCCUCGGAGAACAAAGCUUGCCUUUGACGACAGAAAUUAUUCAGCAGACCAUUAUUUACAAGAAGCAAAAAAGCUAAAGCACAAUGCCGAUGCAUUGUCUGAUAGGUUUGAGAAAGCUGUAUACUAUCUUGAUGCUGUGGUAUCUUUCAUUGAAUGUGGGAAUGCAUUAGAGAAGAAUGCUCAGGAAUCCAAAUCCCCAUUCCCUAUGUAUUCAGAGACAGUGGAGCUCAUCAAAUACACUAUGAAGCUAAAGAAUUACUUGGCCCCUGAUGCUACAGCUGCAGAUAAAAGGCUCACGGUACUUUGCCUGCGAUGCCAGUCUUUGCUGUACCUGAGGCUGUUCAAACUGAAGAAAGAAAAUGCUCUCAAGUAUUCAAAGACACUGACGGAGCACCUGAAGAAUUCUUAUAAUAAUUCUCAAGCACCAUCACCUGGCUUGGGAAGCAAAGCUGUUGGGAUGCCUUCCCCUGUUUCUCCUAAGCUGUCGCCAGGCAAUUCCGGAAAUUACUCUUCUGGGGCCAGCAGUGCUACAGCAAGUGGUUCUUCAGUGACCAUUCCACAGAGGAUCCACCAGAUGGCAGCCAGCUAUGUUCAAGUUACGUCCAACUUCCUCUAUGCCACGGAAAUUUGGGACCAAGCUGAGCAGCUUUCCAAAGAGCAAAAAGAAUUCUUUGCUGAACUGGAUAAAGUGAUGGGCCCUCUCAUCUUUAACGCGAGCAUCAUGACAGACCUAGUUCGAUACACCCGGCAGGGACUGCAUUGGCUUCGCCAGGACGCCAAGCUGGUAUCUUGAACUGAACACAUCCUCGUUGCCUCUGAUUUUCUCCACAACACUGUGUCACAUCACGAAGGAAAACUGCCAUAACAUGACACCUAGUCGACACUAAGAAUGAGGAAUGGUUUUCUCCUCCCUGGUUCAUGUGUUGUUGUUAUUUAUAACCCAAAGCCAUGAUGUCAGUUGACCCCUUUAAUAUUCCCAAUAUGAAAAGUUAUUUAAAUGUUUUUAAAUCUGCAGCACAUUGAUAAGACGGUUUCAGUGAUCUGUAAUAAGAUUGAAAUUCCAAUUGCAGUUCAUAACUAAUCAGUUGAAAUUCUAUUUAUUUUAAUUUUUUUAAGUUCCCAGAUUGGGGCUAGUUUAAAACUUAGUUAUUUCUGCCUAUAAAUUUACUCUGUUGAACAUUUAGCGUAAAUUUAAGGUAGGCAUUUUUUAUUUAUAUACUUGGGGAGCUUUGUUACCUAAUGUCUUUUUGUGGUAGCUCUGCUAAGAAUAAGAGUUGGUUCAUCUAAAAUACGGACGUGUUCUAUACCUGCUACCUGAUAUUAUUUUAAAUCUUAACUACAAUUUUAUUGCAGAAUUUAUGCUUAGUAUUAAGGAUAUUCUUCUACACAUGAAAAAUCAUUUAAAUAUGAGAAGAUGGCAUUCUACAGAUAGAAGAUGAAAUGUGUCUGAUUCGGUAUGCAUUAUUUCAGGAACUGUGAAUGUGUGUUAAUAACACUAUAGCAAUCACAAGGUGACUGUAGCUUGCAUUUAAUGCAUUACAAAGGAGGGCAGACAAACUUUCUAGGAGAAGGGUAUCAUGUGAAGGGUUUCAUAAAAGGACAAUCUUGAACUUAAUGGAUUUUAUCAAAACCAUGUGUUCUUUUUUGUUGCUAAUAAUUUGACGAUUAAUUGAAACAGUAAGUUACUGUGGAACAAAGGAUGAUCCACCUCCUGAGGGUUGCUGCCUAUAUCUCUUUCAGUGAUGAUGUUUGAAGGGUUGAAUCUCUCUUCAGAAUUCUUAAUUGUAAAAUGUUUUUGCCACACUAGAUUGUGAUGCGCUCACGGGAGCGUGCAGUGACUAACGCAGGAAUGGGCUGGAGCUUCGCUGUGGGCGCUUUUGCUGUACAAUUUAAGGUUAUGAUGCCUGAGGUAGAGAUGAAGUUCUCCUUUUAAACUUGUCUUGUACUGACUCCCUUUGUAUUAUGGAGGCCCUCACCAAUGAUUUAUGUUUCUGAUGGGAUCAGAAAAUUCACACUAGAAAAGUACCUAAUUUGGUUCAAUGUUAGCCCUCGUGGGAAGGGAAGGGGAGCAAGGGUAGAGCUUAAGCCAGCUCUGUAAGAGUUGUAAAUCAAAGUAACUUUCCCUGUAAGGUGCAUAUCGGAGUCAAAGGUGAGAAAUGUACCCUCUGUCAUGCCCCUAUCAUGUGCCCCUAUCAUGUCUGGUGUGCCUUAAAUCUUACCUUUGAAUGAAAACUCUAUGGAUUGUUUACAGAUGAAGUUUUACACUAGGACCAGAUCACCCAGUAUGGCUGGUCUUUGGCAGUAGUCAUGUUAAAUUCUCUUUCUUUUUUAAUCUUCCUUUAGGGUCACAUAAAGAUGAAUUUAUUUCAGAAAAGCUAACGCUUUGGUACAUGACUUAGUCUAACUGGGUAAUGGCUGCUCCAAAAAAAUUGUUCGUCAUUCUCCCCAUUCCAAAAAUGAAUUCAUCCAAUCAGAAGAAA